GGCAGAGCGAGGGAGGCGUCGGAUCGAUCGCAGGGUUGACACCGAGCGGGUGCCAUGUGGACAGGGACCUCUGUCUGUCCUUUGGGACUACGAGAAAGCCAAUGAGUCUCUAAAACAGGGAGGGCUGAAGAUGUGAGGGUGCGCUUAGAGACAAAGACAAAUGCUGAGCUUUUUGUACUUACAAAGUGAAUAACUAGAUAGCGCAAGGGCUCGGUCAGGUUUAAACAUUGUCUGCUUGAAGAAAUUAGACACCUUAGCACACUCCCUGGGGUUCUUCAAUGGUAAACCAGAAGAAGCCCAUGCUAACAGUGCGUGGACUGAACAACACCAUUUCAUUAAGAGCAGUGCCAAACAUGUGAGAAGAUGUCUGUUGGAGGUUGCGCUUGCCCAGGCUGUUCGUCCAAGUCAUUCAAGCUGUACUCCCCAAAGGAGCCUCCCAACGGUAGUGCCUUCCCUCCAUUUCACCCAGGCGCAAUGCUGGAUAGAGAUGUGGGUCCGACGCCGAUGUAUCCCCCUUCUUACAUGGAACCUGGAAUAGGGAGGCACACACCGUAUGGAAAUCAAACAGACUACAGAAUAUUUGAGCUCAAUAAAAGAUUACAGAAUUGGACAGAGCAGGACUGUGACAAUUUGUGGUGGGAUGCGUUUACUACAGAGUUUUUCGAGGAUGAUGCAAUGCUGACUAUCACUUUCUGUCUGGAAGAUGGACCCAAACGAUAUACUAUUGGGAGAACGUUGAUCCCUCGAUACUUCAGGAGUAUUUUUGAGGGGGGCGCUACUGAACUCUUCUAUGUGUUGAAACAUCCAAAGGAAUCGUUCCACAAUAACUUUGUGUCCCUGGACUGCGAUCAGUGCACCAUGGUCACACAGAACGGCAAACCCAUGUUCACACAGGUGUGUGUGGAGGGCAGACUGUACCUCGAGUUUAUGUUUGAUGACAUGAUGCGUAUAAAGACGUGGCACUUCAGCAUCAGGCAACACCGAGAGGUCGUGCCCAGGAGCAUUCUGGCAAUGCAUGCCCAAGACCCACAAAUGCUUGACCAGCUUUCAAAAAACAUCACAAGAUGUGGCUUAUCUAACUCUACGCUCAACUACCUCCGACUUUGUGUAAUACUGGAGCCCAUGCAGGAGCUGAUGUCCAGACACAAGACAUACAGUCUUAGCCCACGAGACUGCCUCAAAACCUGUCUGUUUCAGAAAUGGCAGAGGAUGGUGGCACCACCAGCCGAGCCAGCAAGACAAGCCCCCAACAAGCGAAGGAAACGAAAAAUGUCCGGCGGGAGCACAAUGAGUUCUGGAGGGGGCAACAACAACAACAGCAACAGUAAAAAGAAAAGCCCAGCCAGCAGUUUUGCGCUCUCCAGCCAGGUACCUGACGUGAUGGUGGUGGGAGAGCCCACUCUGAUGGGAGGGGAGUUCGGGGACGAGGAUGAGCGGCUCAUCACGCGGCUGGAGAACACACAGUUUGAUGCAGCCAAUGGCAUCGACGACGAGGACAGUUUCAACAGUUCCCCCACCAUGGGCACCAACAGCCCCUGGAACAGCAAAGCUCCCUCAAGCCAGCAGGGCAAAAAUGACAACCCCGGCUCUCAGUCGUCGCAGUAGAAGUAUUAGGGGCUAGUAAAAGGCUCGUUCAUUCCAGGCCUUGACGAGUCCUCAGUUGAUGAAAUCGGCCCUCCUCCUCCUCCUCCUCUGUCACCAUCCGACGUGCCGUUUUUUUUUUUCUUUAAAUUUAUUUUUGGUUUGUUUCUUUGAGAAUCAUUUUGCAACACCGUCUGUUUCUGUGUCUCGAUCAGGCUUAGCGAUCAGGCUGUGGGUUAUUGUUCCAACCUCGGGUCUCUCUUGUGCGUGCAAUGCUUUGACACGCAUGGCCGUUUCUGUUGUGCUCACUUGACAGGAAAGGAUCACUUUUUUUUAUCUCACCGUUUAUUGUGUGCACCUCAGAUUCAAACCCCAACCGCUCCAUUUUUUAAAAACUCAAUCAUUUGUUUUGUAGGACCUGGUUGGAACAAAAACCUGUACAGUUCCAGAGCUUGAGGACCGGAGUUGAGAACCACUACGUAAAGUCCUUUAAGUAAAUCAAAUUAAAAGUGUAAAGGUUCUUGAGUUUGGCCAUGCCCAAAAUGGUCGCUGAGAGCUUGCCUGACCAUUACGCCAGACUCAGAAGUGUUUGAUUUUUGAUUUUGGUUAGUUUUUUAUUUUAUUGUUUGCAUUUGGAUUGGUUUCCUGUUCUUUUUUUAUUUUUUAUAACUAUUUCUAAAGAAAUAAGCAAGCAAACAAAAACUCUAAAUAUCCUUUGCACUCUUGUCACUGUAUUUUGGAUCUAUUUUUCUUAAAAAACGAUUAUGAUGAAUUUUGUUUUUAUUAAAAACAACAAAAAAAAUUGAUAAUCUUUAACUGGAAAACUCUGUCAAUCUCAGUGUAAAAUAACAAAUUUUGUAUCGUUACUGUUAUUAUUAUUACUGCAAAGUAAGUAGAUGCUACUUUGCUCCAAGCUUUUCACCUUCCUGUCUUUCAGUUUCUGUUUUGUCGUCUUUAAAAAUGAGAUUACUUGAACAUAGCAUGUAUGUCUGGGAAGCGCAUGUGUCAGACAUUAGCUAUCGCAGCUGUAAGAGUCUCAUUGUUCAUAGGAUCUACAUCCUGCACUGUUAGUACGACGGCUGCUGGCACAUUUUGUCCCGAGACCGUAGCUAUCAACAUUUCAUUUCUUGGAGAUUUCUUAAAAAUCUAUUGAAAAGAACAGGCCUCAAGCUUCAACGCCUUUUGUGUAGACCCAGUCAUUUGCGCAGUUUAAUUUGCUUAGACGUCAUUUUAGUACACCAGCCAUUGUUUACUUUCCCUUCUCGAUGCUACAGACCAAGAUGCAAGAUCCUUUAAUCAGCACAUUUUUACAGUUUUGUUUCCUCAUUGUUUUGUUUGUGUGUUUGUGAUUGUAUAUUUAAGAUUGUAGCCAAGUUCUGUAAGUGUAAUUCUAUUUACUCUUCUUUAGGACCCUUCACUCCUCCAUAUGUCAAAAGUAAAACUUUGUCUCAUUUCAAAUCGUUUCUAGACGCAUUAAAGGUACAACUACCUUUCAGCUAAGAAGGUAGAUUAUAGUUUUUAAGUCAAUGUACAAUGUAUUUAUUUUUUUAAAGUCUUUGCCAUCGCAUUAUAUAUCAAGACGAUACAUGUUGCUGUGUAUUUGAUGUUGCCUUUGUACAUUAUUUCACUUUCUAUGUUAUUUCAUUAACCUAAGAUGAUAUAUAUGUCAUUGAAUCAGUUCAUAAGAGUUCUUAUUAAACGUUGGAUAAUGCAAAAAUAGUCAAACCUAGAAGGUUACAGUGAACACCAGGUGGCACUUGGUGGAAAGCGUAUAUUGGCUUGUAUAGAAAAGGGUUGGUGACUAAACUAGCAAGCUAUUCUGCGGCGUACAGAUCUUCAGUUCACUUUCCUCAAAUCUGUCACUAAAAUACAGUGUUGUUUUAGGUUCAUUUUUCAAGUCAGCCAUAAAUAAGGUGUGCUCUUUUCUGUGUUUUCAGAGCCCAUUUGUUUGUGGUUGUUUUACAAAUAUAUUUUUGCCUAUAGUGUCUGCCAUUGACAAUUGAUGUAUGGUACCAAUAAAACACAUUUUCACAGCU